GCGAGGAAGAAAAUGGCCGACGAGGCUACGGUAAAAGGGCAGGGACGUCGUGCGAGGUGCGCGUUGCGCGACACGAGAUUGCCAGUUUCGCGAUAGACCGCGCGAAAAAGGGCCGUCGAUCUUCCGCCGGGGAGGGCCCCACGACGUCGCUCGCGGUCGCGUCGCGCGUCCUGCCGUGAAAGCCGCACAGACAGAAAACUGAAACCCGUCAUCGCCUCCUGCCGUCACCUGUCGUCGAUCGCUCUUCGUCGGUGCUUCGACUUCGCCGUUUUAAAAAAGCGCUCGCAAGCUGAGUUUAGCCGACCGAGGAGGGCUCGCCGAGAGAUAAAUCCAGCUCGCGAGCCGUAUCGUAAUUAUUAAAAUCCACAAUGGCAGUUAGGUAGUUGUGGAAAUUAAAACUGGACAUUUGUGAACUUCGAGUAUAUUUAUUUAUUUUGAAGAUGUAAAGAAAACAAUCAUAAUGAAGCCACAGAAGAAGGCUGUUGUUGCCAGAAAGGCAACUAAAAUGCCAACAGUCGCCAAGAAACGUCGCACAUUUAUAGAGAAGACCAUGUCCGAUGUGAGGAAAGAGAAGAAAUCAAAGAAAAAUGAUAAAAUGGGAGAUCCAAAGAAAAAGAUAGACAAUGAGAAGAAGAAAUUGGAAAAAGUGGAAGACAGGAAAAAGUUAGAUGACAAAAAGAAGAUAGAAGAAAAGCGAAAGGAACGAUCUGAUAAGCCAGAUGAAAAGAAAAAACAAUUAAACAAAGAUUAUGAAAAGAAAUCUGACAAAAUUGAUGAAAAAAAGAUAGAAAAAGGAGAUGAUAAAAUAAAUAACGAAGAAAUAAAUCAAGAUAACACGGAUAAGAAAAAAUUACCAAAAUGUGAAGAGAAAGCGAAAUUAGAAAAGCAAUUUGUCGAUAACAAAAAGAAAAUUGAAAAAGUGGAGGAAAAAAAGAAGAAUAUAAAAUUUGACGAUAAUGCAAGUAUGGAAGAUAAUAUAAAGUUAUUAAAUACAAUGGAAAAUAAGGAUGCACUUGAAGAUAAGAUUGAUGUCCUUUCUUCACUUACUAAAAAAAGAAGCAAAGAUGAGAAGAAGAAAGAUGUCAAGUUGAUUAAAUCUGAUGUCAAGACAAUAUCGAAAAACUCUAUCGUGAAAGAUAAAAAAUCCGAACGAAAGAAAAUUUCCGAGAAAGAUGCGGCAAGCAAUAAACUUUCUUCUGCUAAAACAAAGAAAGAUUCGAAAACGAAACAAGGUCAGAAAAAAAGUAUUACAAGAAAAACAGUUCUGACAAAGAAGCCUCAUUUAUCGGUAGUUAAAAGAUUAGUGGAUAAAAAAAUCAAGUUAGUGAAGCCAAUUAAAAGCGAAGAAAUGAGCGAAGAUGAGGAUGCAGUCAAAAAAGCAAAGAAGAAAAACAGUAACAUUGCCAAGAACAAAAUUUUACAAGAAAAGAAACCGAAGUUGGCCAAGCAUAUGAAAGCCAAAUUGCCUCAAAAACAUUCAAAGAUCAGUGCUGUUUUAAAAAGGGAAGAUAAAUUGAAAGCUAUAACGGAGAAGAUUAUGGCAAAAAAGAAAAUUGAAUUGAAAGAAUCUGAAGAAACUGAACAUAAAAAGAUUGCAAGUAAAGAUGAGGCUUGUCAAGGACCAGAAGUGAGCAGCAUUAAAAGUGAAAUCGUUGAGGAUUCAGAUAAAAGGAAAGAAGAGAGUUUUCAACCAAAAUUACAGGAUAAUAAGAAAGCUAUCAAAAGUAGUAACAAAAUUAGCAGCAAGGCUUCAAAAAAAGCAGGAAAAACAAUAAGGGUACAAACGGAGAGCAAUAAUCAAACAUCAGCUUCAUCUGAAGAUGUAUCUUCCGAGGAAUUUAACAAACAAACUAAAGUUUCCGAAGAUGGCGUAAAGUCUGCGAAACAGGAACAAAUCAGCUCUGAGAACACAGUUGAAUUAGAUCUAAAAGUCGAAGCAAUGAAUGGAGAGAGUGCCAGUGGCGUUACAUCUCAAUCUGACUCGGAGGACGAUUCUGACGAUGAAUACAAGAAAGGUAAGCAAAAGGAUGUUAAGAAUAAAGAUCGAGAUAACUCACCGUCGGACGAACGUGCGCGAGGAAUGCGACUUUUUGGCUUUUGGAGUAAACCAAAACCACCCAGAGUCGCGUCAUUGAAUGCCUUGGCUAAAGUUCACUGCCUAUACGAAAAUGAGACCGGCGGAGUCUAUCUUGGAGGUUUUUGCAAGUCGAAACCCGAGAAAGAAAAGGAAAAGCCGAAGAAAAUGAAAGAGGAGAAAGAGGAACAGCCGCGUAAGGAGAAAGAGAAAAAGAUCGAAUGCAAAACGGAGGAUAAUGUUUUGAAAAGAAAAUUAAGGAAUGUGCCAGGAUUACGUGGUAAGCAUUGGGAUAUGUUAGAGAGCUCGUCAUCUUCGUCUUCCUCUGAUGAAGACUGCGAGAAAGAAAAGAAUGCUGAACCAAGCAAGAAGAAAAUGACCAAAAGGAGGAAGAAAAACGAGGAAGUAAUGGAUCUGAAGGACAUGGUUGUUUGCAAGAGGAUGGCCAGUCUUAAUGCCACUGCCAUUUUGGCUGCUUCCUACUCCGACGAGAAAAAUCUUUGUGGUAGCAGCAGUGAUACCUCCUCCAGUGAGUCGGAAGUAGAGAUAAUUAAAAGACGUAAACAAAAUGACUUGGACGUAGAUAAGAAGAAAUCUAGACAAGGUUCCGAUCCGGAGGAGGUUAUUAAGCCAUCCAAGAAAGUUGUCAUCGUUAAUCAGGACACGGACGUCACUAUCACUGGUGUUUACGUCAAUCAAACUCGAUCCACCCACCACGAAGGUUUUUGCAGUAUUGCGGGUAUGCAGUACAGAAUCAGUUCUACCAGUCAUACUCAAACUGCAGCUACCGCAGUGGCUACUGAGCUUCACGAUCAGCAAAAGACGGAACAGCCUUGCAAGUCCUACACACCACUAGGUGCAUUAUCUUCUAUGCAGCCACCAGGUAGCCAGGGUAAUCAUCCUAACAUGUCACCUCGCAGGCAUUCAGCAUUCUCAGCUCCUCAUCAACACGGGUAUUAUCAGCCGGCUGGUCCACUGAUACAGCACCCACCGCCACCACCACCGACCUUACCGCCUGUUAAGGGUCCACCUCCGGAACCAACGCCCACGCCCCCACAAAAUUCAGAGGGUUCGGAUGAUCUGGUCGCUACUUCCACGACUUCUGGAGGCACAAGCAGUACGGGUGGCGGCUUUUAUAGGACGUAUUGCCCGCAGUACUACGGCACGCCGCCGCAAUAUCCGGAUCUGUGUUAUCCGCCGACGUAUUCUCAUCCUCACCCUCAUCCGCCGCAUUACUACAAAUACCCGCCCACCUACAGAAGGCAAUACUAUGGCUAUCAAGAGUCCGGCGGGGGAGGCGGACCGCCGCCGGGCAGCGGGGCCGCCGGGGGUGGCCCCGGAGUCGUUGAUUAUCAGCCACCCCCGCCACCGCCCGGCGAAUAUCCGCUGCCACCUUAUUACGGGGGCUACCCUCCGCCCCCCCAUCCGCCACCACCUCCGAAUCCGGCAUAUCUGCAUUCUCAGGGAAGACCUUUCGUAGACCCAUUUCAGGGUUGUCCAUGCCCGAUGCAAUCGUGUCCAAAAAACGUGGAUACUGGGGCCCUUAUUGGUAAUGGUAAGGGAGCGCCAGUGGUAUCGGGGCCCGGUCUGUCAUUGCCACCCAGUGCUUUGGUAGGUCCGCCCUCGCCGGCGAGGGGGCUAGCUGGGCUAGCUCCUCCUCACGGUGCCAAUGCCUGGGAUACGGAUCGGGUCCAAAUCAACACUCAUCGCAACCUAAAUCAGAACCAACCCCCCUCGGUCCCGCCGUCGCACAAUCUAGUCGGUGGACAUAAUCGCCUUCAGAAUCAAGACUGUAGGAGUAAGGAUGAGAAAAAUUGUACGGAAGACACGCUGAGGAAAUGCGGUUGCCAGAACGCGUGUACAUCCACCUGCGAAGUUAAGAUGGAAACACUGUCGCCCACUGAGAAGCUUUCGGUGGCGGCGAAUUGUCCCAGCAGCAAGUAUCACAAUUUUAAACUGGAGAACAACAAUGUGAAAUGCGAAUCCUGUAGCAUGGAGAUCGCCGACGGGCUGCCAUGCGUCGCCAAUUGCAACGUCGUCAAAUGCGAGUCGGAUUACAAAUGCGACAUCAUGAAGUGCGAGCAGUGCAUGAAGGAGGGCCAGAUAGCAAUACUGGAGAUGGACAAGGAUUCCGGCAUCGUGUUGGACGACAAGCUCGACAGCGAUCCCGAUGUGAAGGAGGAGCUAGACGUAGUGGUGAUUGACAGCGACGAGAAUUGGAAGAAGCCCGAUUACGAACCGACUGUGCAAGAGACCGUCGACGAUAAGGAAGAUGAAGAGGAGGAGGAGGAGGAAAAGGAGCAGGAAAUCACGCAAGAACCGGUUGCGGCCGAGAUCGAGGCUGAGGUUGAGGAACAGUUUAAGUGCCAAAAGGUGACGAAGAGAAAGCUUUCGUUGGACAGCUUAUCGGACAGCAGGAAAAAGAGGAAAGUGAGCAAGAGAGCCUUGUCGGUCGGUUCAUCUCAGGAUUCGAGUAACGAGCAAUUACCUAAUGUUAUCGCACCGAUCGAGCCGUUGUCGAAUAAAACCGACAGCGUCAAAGCCGAGACGAACGUUUCGAAGAAGAAGCAAGCGAAAAAAGACGCAGGAUCUCGUGGACAAAAACGUAAGGCAGAGGCGCCAAGCUCGAACGAGAGUGCGACAAAGAAGCCGAAGAGCAGUAAACAAAGCGCGGGUAAUAGCGUCAUAAAUUGUUUGAAACGGACUGCCAGUGAUAUCUCGAUAAUGGAGACUAUCGACGAUGUGAUACAACAGAGUCUGCAGAUGACGCAGAGAAAGGAUCGGAAAAGUAAGAACUGCGAACGCGUAGAGAAGAAGAAGAAGAAGGACGUUAAAGAGGAAUCAUUAUUGACGAUGAAGAGGAUCGCGAAGAAGUUCGAUCAAGUGAAAGAGCAAAUUAUCGAGAAGGUGUCGAAAGCGAUCUCGAAAAGCGGUGGCCAAUCCAAAAGUAAAGUGGAUGCGAAACCGAAAUCUAAGACUUUGCAGGACGCUAAGUUUAAGGGCAAAAGCAAGAUUGUUAAAACCUUCGUAGAGACGAAGGCUCAGGAUGCGAAAUCUAGAGUAACGCAAGACUCGAAAGCGAGAGACAUUUCAAAGAAACGCGAUAUCGCGUUCAAGACCAAAGCGAGUGAUGUCAGCGAAGAUUUGAAGAAGCCUGCGAUAAUUAAGAAGAAACGGAAGAGCGCGAAAAAGACGGCGAACGCCAAAAAGUCGGGCUGUAAGCUGGAGAAUUCCUCGAUCGGAAACGAGAAUCUGACGUUAACGAGAAAAACGUUCCUGAAACCGAAGUGGAACAACGGGUGGAGUUGGGAAGGGGAGCCCUUUGAAGCCAAAGUUUAUUUAACGAACGAGGAAACGGCCAUACGGCGAUGUUACGCGAGUAUGAGUCACGAGAGCGGCGACAUACUGCGACCUCGGGACUGCGUUUUGCUGAAGAGUGGUACGCGGAAGGGCGACUUACCAUAUGUAGCAAAGAUCGCCGCGCUCUGGGAAAAUCCUGACGACGGUGAGAUGAUGUUCUCGUUAUUGUGGUACUACAGACCUGAGCACACAGAGCAGGGUAGAACGCCACACGACAGCGAGGACGAGGUAUUUGCUUCGCGUCAUCGGGAUGCAAACAGCGUCGCUUGCAUAGAAGACAAAUGUUACAUCUUGACGUUCAACGAGUAUUGUCGGUAUCGUAAAAACUUACGGAGGAUCGAAGAAGGCUUAGAGAAUCCUGGCUUGAUAGUUCCGCCAGGGGACCAAGUGUAUCCACGGGAGAAUCGGCAGCCGCCUAUACCAGUACCAUCGGACAUGGUGCUUUUCUGCCGACGUGUUUACGACUAUCGCGGGAAGAAACUUGUGAAGAAUCCCGGAUGACUCGAAUUCUUAUAAGAUGCAAACCGAGAAAGAUUAGGUCACACAAUUGAAACUGGCCGCAGGUCUCCUUUCAAGCUAAAUUGCGUCAUUUUGAUCGAUUUGUCUUGAUUUCGAAGCGGUAAUAUAUACGAGAUCCGAUUGUUUUUGAGUUAUCUAGAUACCGCGACCAAUUUCUACUCUUUGCACUUUUUGUUACUUGCAUUCUAUUUGCUAAGCGAAUACCCUUUUGUGUGGAAAGAUUGUUUUUGGUUUUGCCCAAAAACAAUUGCGAGAAAGUGGAAAAAGUAGAUUUGUGUGAGUGUUUCAAUUAUGAUCGAAUUUCAUUUCAUUCUUAAACGUACGAAAAAUUUUAAAAUCUUGUGUCAAGGAAGACGUAUAAUAAAAAGAAAUGACACCUUAUAUAUACCGUGAGGUUACGCUUAUUGCCGCUUAAUCCGUCUUUCUAUUCUACUCAUCUGGGAUACCACAGAAAUCAUGAUGAAUCGUUCAUUAAUUCUGGUGAUAGACGUUGAAUCGAAUUCGUGUCGAUGGAUCGAGCGCGAGAAGGCGCACGAGCGCACGCUCGUCUCAUCCGAAACAUGUAUAAAUCAGUUUUGGACGAUAUUUUUUCCAAGAGUGGCAUUAUCCGUAUGUUCCUCUCGCAGGUGACUGCGAACUUUCGACCGCGAUCGCGCUUGCAUUAUCCAUUUUCCACCGACAUGAAUGUUGAGCCAACGUAUUUCGAUAACGUGUAUAAGCUGUUUCUAGGCGAGAGUUAGUGGGAUUUGACAAUUUUAUAGAGAGAAUCAUAUUUUUUGUGAGAUAGCAUUUUACACAAUACUUAAAUGAAUAUUUUUCACAUAGGAGGUACAAAUGCUGUCACGUCAGCGUGCGUCACGGCGCCUUAACUUGAAGGGAACCUACGAACAGUUUCAAAGAUAAGGAAUCAAAAGCAGGGACGAGAUUGCGAAAUUAUUUAGUAUGAACAGCGAUAUAUAUAUAUGUAUAAACGCUUUAUCGAACUCUCGAUUGAGUGUUUAUGAGCGUCUCGUACGAGGGGAAUGAACAUCAAGCGCGUGCGACAUUACACUUCCAUUUUCCCAUAGUGUGUUUGCAUCUAUCUCGGGGAUGCGACUUCUCCCCGAAAUCCGAUUCGCGCACAUAUGCCAUUUUCGUGAACGUAAUCAUUGUAAUGAAUAAGAUGCAUUUUUACUAACAGUGCAGAAGACAAAAUAUUUUUUCAAUAUUAGAAAUGGCUCGAUCCGAUCUGAAGAAUUAGAUUAUAUUUGCAGGUAACAGGUCGCCAUUUAUAACAAUAAUUUAAAUAUCUUAUUUUAGAGCUUUAUUUUCAAGUAUGUUGAAAAAUCUAUUAUUGAUGUAAAAACAAAUGUUACGCUAAAUCAUGUAUUUCAAUUGAAAAAGCGAAAAAUAUUGGUAUAAAAAAAUAUUUUUGAUGUAUUUAGUAACGUAAACAAGCGUGUAUCAAAGCAUUCUUGAAAAGAUAAAUCGUGGUUUGAGCCAUUUCUAAGUAUUGCGUCGGUUCUUAUCAAGGAAAUCCUUGUUUGCUCUUUUUUUUUUUUUUAAUACGAUGACUCCUUUCAAGAAUUCUGAAGACACAGACAUUAAUAGUCAGGGAGGGAUGUUCAUGUUUUAGAUUUGUCACGCAUCGCGAGUCACUUCUACGUACAGUUUUGAUCUAUUUUUUAUGAUUACUUUGUCUAUUUUGAUUUAUAAUGAUUUUUAAGAUUCCUAUAAUGAGAGAGAAUUAGUAGUUGUAUAUUAUCGCCUAUAACUUAGGUAUAUGUAAUCUUGAUUUAUAAAAAAUCCACAUAUUAGCAAUUAGUACUCGCGGUAGAGAGAGAGAGAGAGAGAGAGAGAGAGAGAGAGAGAGAGAGAGAGAGAGAGAGAGAGAGAGAGAGAGAGGAAAGAGGAAAGAAAGAGAAAGAAAGAAUGCCAAAAACACAAAUCAUGAAAAGUUUUUUGUAUGCCGAUCAUUAAUAUUAUCGCGAUGUACCAAAAUUUAUUACGAGAUCAUCGAUAAGUGAUUAUUUCUAAUGGGAAUUCUUCGAAUCGUGUUGAUUUUAUUUGUUGAGUGUAGAAAGCGAUUUGUUGGAAAUCAUAUUAUUUAAAAUUAAUAUAUAUUGAUGAUAUGGUUAUUAUUUAAUAUCUAAUAUAUUGGACAUAGGUAUUAAGUUAUUUUGCGAGAGAGAGUAAUGAGAGGAAUAUAUAUAAGUAGAAGAGAGUGCGCGCGCGUUUAUGUAUCCGUAUGUAUAUGUGUGCGUGCGAAAAAAAAAGAAAAAAGGAUAAGAAGGACGCGAGCACUGUCAGAUAAAUGAGCGAGUAAAUUGAAUAUAUGUUAGAAAGAUAGAAAGAAAAAGAGAGAAAGGUGAUGGGGAUCAUUUCGCGAUAUCAAAAUAUUCUUUAACUUACAAAAUUUUUGUUGUUGCGAUUUGAUAUGUAUCUCAUAAUGUAUUCGGAUAACACGCACACACUCGAUGAGAUGCGCUCGACAUAUUUGAUAUAUAAGAUAUCGUAUUUAUAGUUUUACGUAAACAUAUAAUGCAUAAGUUUCGAUAGAUACCGUUAAUCGAGUAUCGCGAAAUAUAAAACACGCCGGAUCCCCGCGCAAUGCAUUUCUGCUUUCCAUAUUCAUCAAAAUUGCAAGAUAUAGAUGUGCUCUCCUCACAUAUUUAAACACGAAAGAAAUUCCAAAGAAAUAACUGCCGAUCCCGUGAGGGGAAUCGCAGCGCUUGUCGGUAAUUCAUCGGAUUUUUGCGUAAUCUUUUUAUAGAUAGUUUUAUAUUCUUUUUUAACGCGCAAAAGAAAAAUGCGAGAUAAGAGAGAGGAAGGGGGAGAGAGAGAGAGAGAGAGAGAAAGCAAAAGAAAAAAGAAUGUGAGAGAGAGAGAGAGAGAGAGAGAGAAAGUGAUAUAAAAGCGCAAAAAAUAGUUCUUUCUAAGGGAGAAUGACAUAGAUAAUGAAAGUGAAAGAGGAGUGAUUUAGACGGAGACAUAAAAUAUCUGUCAGAGAAAUAUUGAGAAUAGAGAAAGAUAAUGAGAGAAAAAGUGAGUCGAAUACGUACACGACUGUGUCGUGUCGCUUGAAUGAAGCGUUACUCGCCGGAGAUUGUCGGAACGCGAUAGAUGGACCGCGCGCAUCUGUGUAAAUCUCGUACGUAUAGUAAUACUUAAAAAAAUAAGAAAGAAAAAAAAGCGUGCGGUUCUAUCGAGCCGAUGCGGAUGUAAUUUUCAGGAACUUACCUAUCUAACAACGGUUAACAUGGGAACAUUGCACACAAUGCAUAUCCUCUGUUCAUUUUUCGUAGCCGACGAAACUUUUUCCAUCGAGAAGUGAGAGAGCGGUGGAACACCCUUAGUCGUUCGUAAGGGAUCAGCGCGGAGGUGCGCGAGGUUUGCGGCCUCCAUUCACCCCUCGCCCACCUCUCUCCCUCCUUGCAUCCGCUUUAAUCAAAAUGCAACAAGUGUCGGCCGGUGCGCGCUCAUCGAGAUCGGGCGCGAAAGUCGCGCUCGAGAUAUUAAGUCGAUUUAACGUGCGAGCGUGACUAUGAAUGAUUUAACUCAUAUUGAGUAUUUGCUUGAUUAUUUUCGUCAUGUUAAUCCUUAAUUGAUAAAAUGUAAAGGGAUCAUCAUGUAUUUAUAUUAUGAAAUAAAUAAUGGGCAAUUAUACAAAUCCAUUAUAACGAGAGGGAAAUAUCAAAUACGUACUUUUUAUUAUUUUUACAGCACCUAUAUAUCAGAGAUAUUGAUCUUUUUUUUUCAAAUUUAUGUAUUAUAUACAUAUUUACGAUAGUUGUGUAUUCUUUCUGUCGUAAAGUGAGAUAUUGGUAGAAAAAUGAUAGAGAAAGCUAAUUUAAUCGACAGAUUAAUUUUACUUGGCUAAAUUAAAGUCAGUUAAUGCAAACAUAUUUGGGAAACACUGUUAUAUGUUUUAUAAAUUUUUGUAUCGUUUGAAAAAAACAAAAAGAUUAUAAUCUGACAAUUUGUAAUAUAUUAAAAAUAUAUAUAUAUUUAUUAUACUGUCGAUUUUUUACAGACACCAUACAGCGAGCAAAAAUGCUAAAACAGCGAAGGAUAAAAUCCUGAAUGAUGUAAAAGAUUAAAUAACUACAAUACUAUGUAAUCCAUAUAUACCAAAUCAAGAAUUGAAACCGCAAAGCAAUGUCGACAAUUUCGAUCGAGCAUCUUUGUGACAAAAAGAAAUAGAUUCUAUAGUGUGCGGACUGCCACCGUUGCCCGAUCUCGAGAACGCGACCACUGUUUACGAACGAUCAACCCGAUGAACUUUCAUUGCGCGGCGUUACGCGGUUUGCCGUGCGGAUGCUCGAUUUCUUCUGGUUUAUUUGUCGGAACAGAAGAGCCGAGAGAGAGAGAGAGAGAGAGAAAAGAGAAAGUGAGUAAGAGAAAGAGAAACGCGCGAUUGUACUCGUAGGCGGUGCCUCGUUCUCAUUUGCUGCGAGACUUGUAUAUGCCUCCUCCUGCAUUGCAUAUUUCUCUCGUUUAAAUAAAUAUAUAAUAUUUUCUAUAUAGUGGAAAAAAGAAUAUGUAUAUAUUAUAGUCAAGAUCAUGAAUUAUUGAUUAUUCUGAUUUGCAUAAGCACGAAGUUUGGGAUUAUCGGUAUUGAUUUUUAUAUUCCAAGAUAUAAGUUUAGCGAUAUGAUGCUAAAUGAAUGUUUAUUGCAAAGGAAAUAAUUAUAUAUAGCGUUGCGAUUUUUAUUUAUAAUAUAUUAUAACAUGUUUCUAUCUGUAUUACUUUUCAAAUAUCAACGUUUAUAAUGUAUAUUUAUAAUUAAUAAUUUUUUUUAAGAUUAUUUCUUAAAAUGCUUUGAAAUACCAAAUAAAGUUGCAAAGUAGAUGCAAUUUCAUUACAUAAUUUUAUUGCUUGGCUUGGAAUAACAAGAUAUUAAGCUUAUUUAGACAGGCUUAAAAUACAAACAUAUAUCUAUAUACAAAACAUAUUUUAAUUUAUCAUAAAGUAUUUUCCAAAGAAUAAAUGAAUUAAAUUAGUAAUGCUUUGUAUGAUGUAUCAGAGAAUGAAUAUUUAAAUAAACAUAGUUUUAUUGCAGUUGUCAAUUAAAUGGCAAAAAUAAAAGAAAAAAAAUUGCUUUAAUAUCUUUUCAAGAAUUUUUAAGAAAAUAUCAUUUACAUAUAAAUGAUAAGUUUUUUCACAGAUACGCACGAUCGAUUUUUCGAUGUAGCACAUAGUGCUACUUAUAUUAUAGUUGAUAGAAUAAAUUAUACUUAUCUCUUCUUGUAUCAAUUAUCGUGUUAAAUAUAUGAGAAAAAUGCGCAAGGCUCGCAGACGGCUUAUGCGUCUCUAAGAGGAGCGAGGCACGUCUAGGAAUUGCAUGCGUGUUAAUCUAAUUGAAGAGCAUCUUGAGUCGAGAACUGUGUUGAGACAGAAAUAAACAAAAAAAUUUAGUUUAUACCAAGUGUCUUACUAAAAAGUAUCUAUUCCGAUUAUACCGAUAAAUGGAUGGAUACGGCUUUGCUGUAUCGAGACAGUUGUGUCAAGUAUAGUGUUAAUUGUACGAACUCCGGAAAUCGCGUUCGAAAACAUCAAUUUUCGAAAAUCUAUAUCUAUUUAUAUUGUCAUUAUUAUUAAGAAAAAGGAAGAUUGUGUCUCCCGAUAUGAUAAAGAAUUUACUCCCUAUUCAUAUACACGUCUCUUGUAUCGCAAAAAAGCCAAAGUAGUAUAAAUUAAUUUAUAUCCCUGAAUUAUUUGCGAUAAUGUUUUAUCUUUUGUUUCAUAAGGACGCAAAUUACAACAAGGAUUACAAUAAGAUAUUCUAUUUUAUUUGAUUCUUAUUUAAUUGUGUAUAAUUUUAUUUUAGAACCGCGCUAUCUAUACAUUUAUGUUAAGCUUUCAGAAUUUUUAUCGAGAUUUGCGAAAAUGAAUCUCGCACAAUAUAUGGCGGAUAAACAAUGUAAAUCUUUUUUUUAUUUGUGAGUCUGUUUAGCACUCAGAGCUUUUGGGAAUUAGACGAAAGAUGUAAAAAAUUCUUUUCGUAUCAAAAAUUCUGUUCCUUUUAUCUUAACGCGCUAAAAGAUGUCUGCGUCAAAUAUUCUUUCGAAAUUAGUAUCGAUUAGAGAUCGCUCGUUUGGAUAAAUGCGAACGGCAAACUGAACGGCAACGCCACACACGAGCAUAUAAAUACAAUAAAAAGAAAGAAAGAGGUAUUAUUUCUACAUGAAAGCCGAGAGAUAAAGGUAUAUAAAUAAUAUAUAUAUAUGACAAAGUAUAUAUAUAUAAAUAUAUAUAUAUAUAUAUAUAUAUAUUUAGGUAAUUAGAAUAAAAAAUAUAUAUGUAUAUGAUUGAGAGAAAAUGAAUAAUUAUAAAUAUGGCAUACACACACACACAGACAUGAACAAACUCUUAUACAAAGCACACGCAUACACACUGACACGCAUACAAUUUACACAUACGGUACAGAGCAAUACGUGAUACUUCUGUGGAGGACAGGGAACAAGAAGAUAAUACAAGUGCCAGAGAGCAUUCCUAGGAAACUCUUUUUGCGAUCGUUUUACCGUUUAUGGUUCUUUUUCCUUUUUAUUCUCGAAACGAGUGUGUAUCUAUUUACAUAUUAGCGAAUGAAUCGCCUCGUGAUCCGUAGGAUCGUUUCUAAGCCGUGCUGUCUCUAUCUAUAAUUAUUGCGAAGCGACACGACACGACUCGUAGACAUAAUUCAUGUUUCUUCGAGUGGAGAUCGCGAUGGUGUCAAGCAUAUUAGUGACAAGAAACACGUCCUAAAUGAAUCACUUUCAUUCUCCAUAAAAAAAUUUCAAAUGCUUCAAGUGCUCAUAACUUCGAAGAUAAUGAUUGCUUCGAUAUUUUUGUUUGGGAAAUAGAAAUCAAUUAUAAAUUGAUGAAAAGAAUUCGCAGAUAGAAAGAAAAUUGUUAGCUUUUAAUUGAAAUGGCUGAUUUGGAUAAUAAAAUAAAUUCAAUAAAAUUACAUUUUUCAUUUAUCUUUAUAUCUAUUUGCGGAUUGAAGAGAAAGAUUUUAUCGAUCGCAAACUUUAGCACACAUGAGCCACAUUUUUGGCUUUUGAUGUCAUGAUUCAAUUAUGGCAUAAUUUCUACUAAAAAACUUAAAAUAAACAUCUUAUAAAUAUCUUACAAAAAUUGCAAUAUUAAUUUUUAACAUAUGUCUAGUAAUGAACCUAAAUAAUUCACUGAUAGCUAUUAAUUUAAUUUUCUCGAAUAUAAAUAAUACUCUAUUCUCUCAAGAAAAUAUCUAAAAAAUUGGCUGUAAAAUAUCAUAAAUUACAACGUGUUUCAUUCUUCAAAUAAUGUCAGAUAUAGUUUAGUCAGUAUUGAACGGCAAGAGAGUAUCGUGUUUGUAAACAAAUGCCUUGACACUCUUCGCGCAAUCUCGCUCCCGCGGACGCGAACUAAUUUAUAACGCAACUUAUCCAUCGCGAUAAAAAAAAAAAAAAAUAAAUAAAAUAAGUGGCGAUGCCACUCUGUGGAAGUUUCGGUGAUUUUCACUGUUGUUUAGUCGUUGCGCGUUUCUCUCACACGUAACAGCGAAACACGUUUCAUCGGCAGUCGAGUGCUUCCUCGAGGUGUCACGCGUUACUUUCAACGGUAUAUUUCGUACAAAUACUAUACUACUUUUAGACGUAAUUUGUAAGCUUCGUAGAGUGAAAAAAUAAAAAGAAAACUGGGAAUUAUAAGUGACGCGAACGGAUCGCGGUGUGGACGAGCACGCAUGUGAAGCGAUAAUUUGCUCCUCUCUUUUUUUCUUUCAUGACGAAAGAAAAGAAAAAUAUACAUUAUCAUUAUUACCGUGCACGUAUUGCCUCCGCGUAUUCGACCGGAUUUUUCAUUUUCUUUAUCGCGCGUCCGCUCGUCCCCGCUGCGUAUCCGUGUUUUAGAGCCGCAAUGUGUUUUUCACAGACAACCGACGUAAAUAUCUCGCGACCAAGCGCAGAAACCGUGAACGACGUGGUGGGCGCACGUCGUUGUCUUGUAACAUUGUAAAUUACUAUAAAAUGGCGAACGUUUAAUAAAUUAUUUGAUCAAA